AUGGGUCUCACGUCAUGGAUCAUGCUCGUCAUCAUAGCUAUCGCUUCUGCAGCAUCUGAAGCACCCUCGACAACCAAGAUGUUGCCUACCAAAACCACUAUUCCGACCAUGUCAACAGUGACUAUACCCCCAACUCUCAUUGCUCGCAAGUACAUCACUUUGUAUACAACGCCAUCGACGGUGCAUGAUUUUCCAGACGUUAUGACAGUAAAACCCUUCCCGAUAGUCAAGAUUGACCACUCGGACCUUAAGAUUAAACCCAAGUGGAGAAAGUUCAACCCAGAUGUUUUUCUCAAACAUACCUGUCCCCGCGAGGCUCUUGUGGCUUUGGCCAAUUGGCGGUUAUUCUGCGACGUCCCUUUGAAGCCCAUCGAGUGCUGGACCAGAGCGCCAACAAUUAACAGGUGCUGCGGCAAAUGGGUCAAGACCAACUCCACCUUCUACGAGAAAUACCCAAGCUGGGGCGGCAUUUACAACAAAGGGACCAAGGAGUGGGAGCCGGACCUGAACAACAAGGACCAUCCCGGAGAACGCGAGAUCAUCAUGCCAUAUCCGGAAGACUACAAUAUGGUCGACGAUAUCUGCAGAAACUGGAAGUUUGACGAUGGCAAACAGUGGAUGCAUUUCACUCAACACUAUGGCGAAUACGGCAUUCACGAGGUGACAGAGUACAAGAGACUGGUAAAGUGGGUGCCGAAAGAUACACCCACCCCUUCCCAGACGGGAUGA